GACUCGAGCCGAGAGUCUCCAAGAUGGCGGCGUGGGGAAGGAGGCGCGCUGGCCCCGGCAGCACCAGCAGUGGCAGCGGCGGUAGGGAGAGUCCUGGACCUUUCCUGAGCUGAAAUGGACAAGCUUGUCAAAUUGUAUGAUGGUUUUGUGAUGUGGAAUUUUUCCACUGGGGAUUAAGUUCUCAUGAAUUUCUGCCUAGUACUGUUUACCUACAGUCAAGAAACCUCUCUUUGAAUGGUGGAACCACAGGUAUUCUGUUGUCCAUGAGCAAUUGUAUCACCUUUCAAAAAGCUAACCUGGGACUUACACGUCGUAUAUAAAAGGGGUUCAGAAACUUGAACAAUACAUGCAACAAAGGAAUCGUGAACUGUGCACGAUUUGGGGAUACUUUUGAUCAGGAGUGGAGAUGCUUUCUGGACACCCACCAGUCAGAACUUAAAACUACUAGCCGGAAGUAUAUAUGCUAGACGGGACAGGGAGCGGGCCUCCACCAGUGAGGUCCAGGGCACCCCAUUGAUGAGAAGGCUUACCUCCUUUCCAUUCCCUGCUGGUGGCUGGAGAAGGAUGCUGGGAAAAUCCUUCCAGGACAUUGUCCUGGAGCCCGUUUUCAGCAGAGCUGGGGGCAAGAGAGAAGAUGUGUGAGGCUCCUCCUGCUAUAUACCUGUGCUAUGUCCUGCCGAGUUUGGGUUCUGUGGAUUAAAGGUAUGUGUGGUGAAAAAGAAACAGACCAUGUGUUUGUGACUAGGAUACCACGAAAACAGGCUAGGCAGCACUGCUCAUGGGGUAGCUUGAGAAGCAUCCUGUGACAUUUAGGUGGCCACUAGAGGCUUUUUAACUUUUUAGGAGAGACGGAGGGGGCAGAUUUUGGAACCCUAACUGGGAAAUUUCAUGAGUGUCUAGCAUAUAGCUAGCUGCAAUGUCUUCUUAGUGCACUAGGUGAUGUUUUUAGUAGGGGAAUACAUUUCAAAUUUAAUUUUAAACUCACCAUGUGGUUAACAUGGGCAUUUCUGCCCCUCUUGCUGGUGGUUGCUGUAUCAGCUGCUGAGGAUCAUUGUUUGUUUGUAAUCCUGCAGGUACAGAAAUCAGUGUAAAUUAUUUUAUAACACUAGCUACAAAAGCCAUUUAAUCUACUGCGCCAUCAGAACAGAGCAUUCCUCUGUCUUUUUUUACACAGACACUGAAAAGCCAGGCAUCAAGAAUGAGACACUUAAAAAAACAAAAAAAUCAUCACAGGAAAUGGGAUUCAUCAAGCAGUGAUAUGCAAAUAGUAUUCAAGAUACAAGUUACACAACUACAACAGAAUGGAUAUAAAACUUUCCUGUGGCAAAGCCCUUCCUUCUUGGAAGAAGGGCUCUAGAAAAUCAUUUAACAUUUCCUAGUUUAACAGCUGCUUUUAAGCAUAACUAGCACAUCCAGCCUUUGGCUGUUUGGCAUUACUACAUGGAUCUCCUCUGCCAUUGGUUACUUAUCGCACUUUCAAGUAAAAUCGAGAAUAACUGAGUUAUCGAUACUCCCACCUAGGUCCAUAUAAGCACAGAACCGACAAUGCUUAAACCCUGGCUGCGUUUUUUCCAGGGGUGGUGGUGAGUCCACAGGCUCCAGUGUGUGCUGUUUUGUUCAAAUGAAAGGCCCUAUGUCAUGGAAAAUCAGUUUUGUUAGUCUUUGUACUUGAGGUCUCUGAGGCAAGAACCCCAUUCUUGUUCUGCAUGUCAACAAGUUCUGAUUAAAUGCUGAUUGACACCAUCUCCACAGCAGCUGACUGUGACGUCACUGAUGGCAGAAAUCAAGUGGAGAAUAUGUUUCAGGAGGAUUCAACCAAUUGCAAGAUCUUGUUUUCUUGAAAAGUUCCUAAUUCCCCAACGUGAGGAAAGUAAAAUUCAUGAUCAUCUUGUCCUCCACGGAGUGUUACAUUGUGCAUGAAAUCUACAAUGGGGAGAAUGCUCAGGACCAGUUUGAGUACGAGCUGGAGCAGGCCCUGGAAGCACAGUACAAAUAUAUAGUGAUAGAACCCACUCGCAUCGGUGACGAGACCGCUCGCUGGAUCACAGUUGGGAACUGCCUGCACAAGACCGCCGUCCUAGCAGGCACCGCUUGUCUCUUCACCCCUCUGGCACUUCCAGUAGAUUAUUCCCAUUACAUCUCCCUGCCUGCUGGCGUGCUGAGCAUGGCCUGCUGCACCCUCUACGGUAUCUCCUGGCAGUUUGACCCUUGCUGCAAGUACCAAGUGGAGUAUGAUGCCUAUAAACUUUCCCGCCUGCCCCUGCAUACGCUCACUUCCUCCACUCCUGUGGUGCUGGUGAGAAAGGAUGACCUGCACAGAAAGAGACUGCAUAACACGAUAGCACUCGCUGCCCUGGUGUACUGUGUAAAGAAGAUCUAUGAACUCUAUGUUGUAUGACUUCAGUAGGGAAAAGAGAAACCCACAAAGACAAGUGUAUUAAGACUCCCACAGUAACAUUUUUUUCCUCUGAGAAGCAGUGGAGACUGGGAAGGCGUUUGGUUUAAUAGAGUUGUUAUUUUUAAAAUAACACAUCACUAAUGCACCAAGGUUUUUCAGUUCUUCAUUACUCUUAAGAAGUGGAUCUGCAGUGACUUGAGAGCUGUACGCUAGGCUGUGGGAGCCAAAUCCAGCAGUGGAACGUUGAUGGAAGAAAACUAUAUAAAGGGGGUGUGAAAGGUUUUUUUGGUUGUUUUUUUGGGAAACUUUUAAGUAUAUUGUUUAAUUGUAUACACAGAACCAGCCCAAAGUUAUCAUUGCCCAUUAAAAGAUGAGAAUUUCAAA